GCCCUUACACACACACACACACACACACUCCUCCGCAUGUGCAAAUGCAAGACGUACACUUCUCUAAACUCCACAACACUCUGCCAGGAUCUUAAAGGACAUUUUUAUUUCAGGAGAUUCUUGAACAACAUUUAACUAAGUCAAAUUUCAGGAAAAAAACACCCCCUGGCUUUGCAUUAAAGCGUGCCGUCCCAAGAUGCCCUGGGUCACAGUGCUAAUAGCAACCAUAUCCUGCAUGCUGAUGAAACAUGGCUACUGCCAAUCAAACUCCUCAGAGAACUUCCUGUUCUCUAGUGACCCAGUUCCACCCUCCUCACACUCAUCAUCAUCAUCAUCAUCCUUUGAUUCUCGGAACCGAUCAGUACAUGUUCGCUCUACCCCGCCACCAUGUUUGCGCAAGACGUCUAUGAGUGGCAUAUUUAAGAACCUGAACACAGUGCUGUUUUGUGUGAUAUAUGUGGUGGGAAUUGUGGGUAAUGCCACAGUGCUAAGGAUCAUAUGCUUCCACAAGAACAUGAGGAAUGGCCCCAAUGCCCUGAUCGCCAGCCUGGCACUGGGAGACUUCAUCUACAUCGCCAUUGACAACCCUAUCCAAAUCUAUAAGUUGCUGGCUAUGGAAUGGCCAUUUUCCAAAACGGAGUUUGGACUCUUCCUGUGUAAGUUCAUUCCCUUCCUGCAAAAGGCUUCAGUUGGGAUAACGGUGCUUACCCUGUGUGCCCUCAGUGUGGACAGGUAUCGUGCCGUGUCUUCGUGGAGCCGUGUGCCAGGUGUGGGAAUUCCAGCUUCCACGGCAAUAGAGAUCAUGUGUAUCUGGGUGUUAUCCAUUCUACUAGCUGUUCCUGAAGCUGUGGGCUUUGACAUGGUCGGCUUUGACCACAACAAUGUGACUGUGAAGACCUGCAUGCUCAAGCCAGAAUCAGAGUUUAUGACUUUUUACAGAGACGUAAAGGACUGGUGGUUGUUUGGGUUUUACUUCUGUGUGCCGUUAGCAUGCACAGCUAUCUUCUACACUCUGAUGACCUGUGAGAUGCUAAAUAACAAGAAGGGAAGCCUGAGAAUCACACUUAAUGAACACAUCAAACAGCGACGUGAGGUAGCGAAGGCCGUAUUCUCUCUGGUGGUAAUCUUUGCUCUGUGCUGGUUUCCUCUUCACCUGAGUCGUAUUCUGAAGAAAAUGGUUUACUUUCAGCACGACGUUCAGCGCUGUGAUCUGCUCAAUUUCUUGCUGGUGUUUGAUUACAUCAGCAUGAACCUGGCAACAGUAAACUCCUGCAUCAACCCCAUCAUACUUUACCUCGUCAGCAAGAAGUUCAAAAAGUGCUUUAAGUCGUGCCUGUGUUGUUGGUGUUAUUCGGGUUCUCUGUUGGACAUCACGGGAACCAGCAACCAGUACAAGAAAACUGAACUGCAGAACGGCCUGACAGACAAAAAGGACAGCUACAUCUGAGGACACACACUUAAAGAUGGACAUCAUGAUGGUGAUGAUAAUGAAUAGCAGCUCAUAGCACACUGAGCCAAUGGACACUGCCUCGAAAAAGACUUUGUGCACAUCACUUCAAAUGCUCAAAUAUGAACUGCACGCUUUAUCGUGUUUAUAGUAUCAUUGUAGAAAAUAGCUAUAUUUUAUUCUAUUGUAUUAUUAUUGUUUUUAUAUUAUAUUUAUUCAGGUUUAAAUGUUAACAGUAAGCCAACAUCCUUCUAUACUUUUGUAACAUAUUAUUUGGGGUUUCAUUUAGGCUGUACAUUUUAAGGUUGUACUGUUUGUUUGUUUUUUUCUCCCAAAUCAUUUCCAGUCAUACUAAUUCAUGUAAUUGGAUGCAUAUCUGAUACACAGCCAUGUGACCGGAUAGAUUAGUUUCAUGCAUUUUGGGUUUUUUUUUCACAUAGUUACACAUCAUCAACUGCUAGCUUAAAAGAAAUGGACUUCAAAAACAGCGAAAGCUGUUCGCUCUGCACGUCUCUACAUUCCUGGUAUGAUUAGAAACUCCACAACACUUAAACUUUAAGCUGAAAGCUUGUGCUGUUGCUCUGUUCAUUUUAUUGCCUCUGCAGUGGGCUGAGUUUCCCCAGAGAUCAUUGUGAGUGCGAGCAUCACAUUGUAAAACUCUCUCUAGUAGUUAAGACAAUCCUAACUUUUUACAAUGCUUUGAGAAAACUGCAUCAUGGUGGUUUUCAUGAAGCAUCUGCCUCCAUUGUACAAGUACAAUAUAAUCUUUCAGCAUCCAGUUAAACUUUACCUCUCAUCAUGCCUCAUUGUCACCAAGAUCACAGGAAUGUAUAAAUAAAAUACUGUUAACACAAAUAAUUUGUUUUAUUAUCUCCUGUAUCAUGUGUUUUGCGAUAUUAAUGCACUAAACUAUAUAAUAAAAUAAUGAAAUACUUUGUUUUAUACCACAAUGCUCUUGAAUUCUGGAUUCUGAUUUUCUGAUCUUUUAAUAUAUUACUGUUUUUUUUGUAUGUUCCACAGGCAAGUUAAAGGUUGAAAUGUAUUGCAGUUGUUUACAAAAUCAAAUUGUUUGCAUUGGCAAAUUGCUGUAAGAGGAAUGAAAUAUUUCUAUUUUCACAUUUUGUGUAAAUUCUUAAUCACUCCACAGUAUAUCAUUGAUUAUUUUUAUACUUUAAUCUAAUUACUCCCCAUUUUAAAAUAAUAGAAAGUUCACUAAAGUUGUGGUAAUAAAAUCUGUUCCUGCGUCGGAAGAAUAAAGUGUGCAUUAAAGAAUUAACAUCAGCACAGCUCCACUUUCAUGUAGUUAACUAAUCAGAGCUGUGGGCUUUAACAUAUGUUGUUACACAUGUAAGCAAUUACAAUCUUUCCCCCCUUUUUUCU